GGUCAUGGGGAAAGUAAAAUGGCGGCCGGUUUGCGGAGCGGUCACGGAGUCCUGCGCGUGUGUUACAGAGUCACGGCGUGUUUACAGCCCGCGCGCGCACAACACACACGAUGUACAGCUCAGCUCCUCACACACUGUCAGAGGGACCUGAGCACCGCUGCUCCUCACAGUUUUGUCCCGGAGACGUCUCUGUCCAGACCGCCGUGGCCCGAGUUGCCCCCGUAUGUCCGAGAGGAAGAAGAACAGAAGCACCAAGCGGUGGUGCAGAAGGUGAACAGUCUGCUGGAGAAGCGAGAGUACGGGCGUCUGUUCGCGGUCGUCCAUUUCGCCAGUCGCCAGUGGAAAGUGACUGAUGAGGACCUGAUCCAGAUCGAGAACCACAUCGACGCGGAGUGUGGAGAUCGCAUCCUGCUGGAGAAGGUGCUGCUGGUGGGAGGAGAAAAUUUCACACUCAUCGGGAAGCCUCUUCUCAGGCGAGAUCUGGUGCGAGUCGAGGCCACGGUGCUGGAGAAGACCGAGUCCUGGCCCAUGGUGCACAUGGUGUUUUGGAAGAGACACCGGUUCCAGAAGAAGAGAACCAUCAUUCAGCCACAGACGGUCCUCCGGAUCAACUCCAUCCAGGUGUCCCCUGCGCUCCUGUGACCCGCCCGGUCCGUCUGUCCUCAUCAGC